CGGCGGCGGCCGCCGCCGCCAUGAUGUCGGCCGCCGGCCCGCUGUCGGCGGCGUCGUUGGUGGCGUCCUCCCUGCCGGGGCUCAUCUCGUCCGCGGGGCCCGGCGUCAAGUCGCCGUCCGCGCUGGGCGGCAGCGGAGGAGGGAGCAGCGAGUUCGGCUCCGAGGACGACGACGACGACGAGGAAAACUCGCUCAGCGCCCUCAACCUGAGCCGAGACAGCCUCCUGCACCACCACGGCAAGCCCGGCCGGCCGCCCCGCCACCCGCACCUGCGAAAGCCCGUCACGCCCAUGAAGCGAGGCUGGGGGGCCGGGGACCUGCCCAUCAACCUGGGCACUCAACUCAUCAACCCCACCACUGGCAAGAAGCGCGUGCAAUGCAACGUGUGCCUCAAGACGUUUUGCGACAAGGGAGCUCUCAAGAUCCAUUUCUCCGCCGUGCACCUACGCGAGAUGCACAAGUGCACCGUGGAAGGUUGCAACAUGAUGUUCAGCUCGCGACGCUCGCGCAACCGCCACAGCGCCAACCCGAACCCGAAGCUGCACUCGCCGCACCUGCGCCGCAAGAUCUCUCCACACGACGGCCGCACGGCGCAGUCGCACCCGCUGCUCAUCCCGCCCCCCGGCAGCCUGUCGCUCUCCGCCGCGCUCAACCCGCUCUCCUUCAGUCCCUUCCCGCUGCUCACGCCCCCUCCCGAGCUUCGGCAGCAGGCGCCGGGGCCCCACCCACUGCCCCCGGGCCUCGAAGCCGCGAAGCAUUCGCUCGACCUGAGCAUGCACCGCUACGAAGAGCUGCGACGCGCGGCGGUGGACGGCGCCAACUCCAACACCACCACGUCGUCGGACGACACGGCCAUCGCACUUCACCUCAACAACCACCACCUGGACGACAACGACGACGACGCUUACGACGACGACGAAGAGGGCAUCGUCGUGGACGGAGGGGCGGACGAUGACGACGACGAUCCGUCCGACCAGGCCAUGGCGCACGACCUCACCGACAAGGACGACGAGGGCGUCGCCGCCGUCAAGCGCGUCAAGCUCUCCGAGUCCGACAUGGACGAGGAGAUGACGAGCAACAUGGACAGCAACGAGGACUCGCUGAGCGUCGUGGACGCGCACAGCCUCAAGGAGGAGAACGGCGUCGAGUCGGCGGCCUUCCCCUCCAACAAGCGCAAGCGCAAAAAUCAGAACCCCACGCGGUGCGCGGUGCCGGCCAUGAUGGAGCGCAACGACAUGUCUGACGACGACUCGUCCAACGACGUCGUGUUCGCGGCCCCCGCGGUGGAGGAAACCACCCAAGACAUUCCCUCAAAUUCUACCGAUCCAAAAAACGAGUUAGGUGAGGUGGCAGGGGCCACCAUAAAACAAGAGGCGCAGGAGGAGCCCGAGGAGGCGCCGGAGGAGCCGAAAGGGGAGGUGAAGAUGGAGGUGGAGACGGAAGAAGAGAAGGACGGCUCCUCGCCUGCGGAGAAGGCACGCGUGGACGAGCCGGAACAGGCGCCGGAAGACAGCGACGUCCGC